CUGGAGGCGCGGCAGCGGGGGCUGCACAACCGCGGCGGGGCGACCGCGAACAAGCGACCACCAAGAUCGGUCCAUCCGAACCGAGAGUCUAGCGAUCGGUGGUUCACGAACACCCACAUCGCCAUGGUGGGCAUCCUGGCCGCGUUGUUCAACGACCUAGAGGAGCGGUACUCAACCACUUAUGGACAGGACCCUGUCGUGGACGAUGCUGUGCUGGGCUUCAUCCAGCGCAUCAAGGACAUCGGGCAAGGGGUUACGGUCUUCACGGUGUCGAGGCUGCAGACGCACUCGCUGAUUUCCAACACCGUGCAGCUGUGCCACCGUAUGGCGGGGGACCAGCACAGUCAACUGGCGAAGGACUACCCUUCCGUGGAGCAAGUGGAAUACGACACCUACGACCAAAGCACCGAUGACGGAGGAAGGGGUUUGGAAGAUGACGAGAGCGAUGACGACGACGAUGACGACGCCUGGGGCGAACGUGAUCAACGGGCCCGAUCACCAGCGGGAGGUAGCGUAGAAGGUACGGGAGCGUCAGCAGGAGAAGGAGGAGGCAAGGAGAACGGCGCAGCCGCCUCCAAUCCGGCCAAGAGGCGAAAGCGCUCCUCCGACGGCGCCAUCGCCGGCGAUGGAGGUGGUGGGGCUAGCAAUAGCGGCGGGCCAGCCGAUGGCGGUGGGGCUAACUUGGGCGACGAGGUAGAGGAAGGGUUCGAAGACAUGCCACUAUCUUCCGCGGGGAAGGGGAAGAAGAAGAAGAAGGGGAAGGGGAAGCCGAGCAAGAGCAAGCACGGCGGGGGCAGCGGCAGCAGCACUAGCAGCAGCGUCGGCGAUAGCGGCGGCGACCAAGGCGCUGGCGCGGGGAUGGAAAAGUGGGCGGAGACGGAGGCCAAGGAGCGGGAGAGGGAGGCCCGAAAGGAGGAAGUGGUGGCGGGCCACAUGGUUCGAGAGAGGUACCGUGCGGUGGUGAUUAAGCUGGUGGCCAGGUCGAAGUGGGCAUCGGAACCCGUGGGGCGUGCUCACAAGGACGUCAUUACGAGAGCAAGAGAGGUCAUCAUGACCAUCUUCAUCGACUCCUUCCACCGGUAG